AUGGCGGCCCUUAAACUUUUUUCGCUCGCCUCUGCGUCUGCGUUCUUGAUGGCGAACGCUGUCCAUCAAACCGCAAAGCAAACUUCAUUGACAGCGCAGGGAUCAUCGCCAACCUACACUGCAAAACUCGAGGAUGCUAAUGUGUGCCUCGAAGAAAUGAACGCUGCACGCGAAGCCGCUGGACUCGAACACUUCAAAACGGAGGACCUCCAUUGA